AUGUCUGCAAUGGAAGGCGACCCGCCCCCCGAGCUCACCAUCACCCCGCCUCUGCUCAAUUCGGCGAACCCAUGGGCCACCACGCUUGAAGACCUGCAGGCCAUCUUUGACAGCCCGCACACGGGCGCCAUCACGACGCGCACAACGCUCCUCGACGGCUUCGAACACGACGACGCCGUCCACCAGUAUGCCUUCUUCUCGCCAACAACCUCGCUCGCCAGCUCCUCUGCGCGCCAGAGGGCCAAGGGCGAAUCAGCCCCGGCCACCAACCCGCAAGAACACGCCGCGACGGUCAACAACCUGGGCUACUCGCCCUACCCCCUCUCCAAGUACCUUGCCUUCCUCAAGAAGAUCCACAAGACGGUCGACAAGAAGUCACCGCAGCACCUCAAGCCCAUCAUCGUCUCCGUGACGGGCACCCCGCAAGAGAUCCGGCGGUGCUACGACCGCCUCGACGCGUUCCAGGACGAAGUGCCCAACCUCACCAUCGCCAUGGAGAUCAACCUCUCGUGCCCCAACAUAGCCGACGCCCCGCCCCCGGCCUACACGGCCGCCAGCCUCAAGGCCUACCUCGACGUCUUGCCGGCGGCCCCGGACCUCCCCGUCGGCAUCAAGACGCCGCCCUACACCUACGCCACCCAGUUUGCUGACCUGCUCGACAUCCUGCGCAAGAGCUGCAUCGUCGUCACCCGCUCCUCCCUCAUGAAAAUCCCCUGCCGCCUGAGCUUCAUCACCACCUGCAACACCCUCGGCGCCUGCCUCGUUCUCGGCCCCGACGGCAAGCCCGCCCUGCCCGGCGACGGCCUCGGCGGCAUGGCCGGCCCGCCCCUGCACCCCCUCGCCCUCGGCAACGUCCGCACCAUCGCCCGCAUGCUGAAGGGCUGGCCCGAGACCAAGCACGUCAGCGUCAUUGGCGUCGGCGGCGUCGGCGAUGCCGAGGCCUACCGCCGGAUGAGGAACGCUGGCGCCUAUGCCGUCGCUGUCGGCACGGCGCUCGGCAAGGACGGCGUCGACGUGUUUGCGCAGAUUGCCAAGGGGUUCACUGACAAGGAGAAAUGA